CUGAAUUCUGUGUGACACCAGCAGCCGCUUGUUUCCGGUGUUGUGUAAGGCGAAGUCGAGCAGAUUUGAUUUCCGGUUUAAAAAGCUUUAACUCAAUGAUGUCCGGGCUCUGCCUUUGAUUAAAAUGCCUGGGGGGCGUGUUCACGGAUCAACAGCGCCCCCUGCGGUGUUUACUGGCACCAGUCACAGGUCAGAUGAUCCGAGGGCUACAUUGUAAAUAGACAGCAGCGAUCCUCCGUGGCCAUGCCUUCAUAGCCUCUUUAAAUCACCUCCAGCAGAGCAGAUAUUCCCCACUCGGAGACGCCCAAUCUUCCUACACCGGCUCUCUCUCUGUCUCGGCUCAUUUCGGCGCGUUAAAGUGCAGAUAGAAGUAUGUACCGGUCUCUGUACGCCUUCCGAUCCGCGGAGCCCAACUCGCUGCACUUCGCGGCCGGAGAAAGCUUCUUAAUCCUGGAGAGGAGCAACAAACACUGGUGGCUGGGGUCCCGCUGCAGCUCGGGGGAGACCGGCUACAUCCCAGCUUCAUACAUCGAGAAAAUCCAGGCUCCGGAACAGGACGAGGUGCUGCAGUCUAUUGACAGAGCAAUCGAAGGAAUCCAUAAUGUGGCCUUAAAAAAUGGAGGCAAAUACAAUCUGGAGCAGAGAGAUGUUCUACAAAAGUUGAUCCAUCACAGAAAGGAGACCCUCGCACGACGAAGUUCCUCGUCCGCCAGUCACAAACAAGGCCUCCCAUCUUCCAGCAGUGAAAUAUCGCUCAGUCAGACCCCCCCUCCACCCAAUGGCCUUACCCGAGACUACGGAAGACAGGGCAGCAUGCCGUUAUCAGGAAGCAUGGACAAUAUGCCAGGAGAGCAGGGCUUUUACCAGGUGCCUCCUCAGGCUCGGCGUGCGGCUCCGAUCACCCCUCCUCCCCCCGAGAAGCAGCGAAACAGCCGGCGUUCAGCAGAGCCGGACGUCCCCUCCAGAGUGUCCUCUCUCCCUCCGUCCCCUGCACCCUCCCUCACAAUCAGCACCACCUCCAUAGAGUCUGGCUCCUCCCACUCACAGGUCUCCUCAGAUGUCAGCCUGCCAAGUGUUUCCAGCACCCCCCCUCCUCCCGUGCCAUCCCGUGUGAAGCCCACCACUCCGCCUCUCGAUGGGCCUCCCUCAGACUGCCCUCCUCAGCCGGCCCCUGGGAAGAAGAGCCCGGCUCCGCAGCCUCCUCAGCCCGCCCCUCCUUCACAGCCUGCUGUGGAGGAGCUGCCGGAGAGUGAAUGGCCCGUCGCCCCCCCGUCUGUUGCUGAGAGCCCCCCUGGCAGCCCCACUACCCCGGUUCCCAUGACGAUCGGGGCCGAGCUGAUCGAGCUGGUACGGAAGAACACAAGCUUGAGUUACGAGUUGUCACGGGUUGCUGUCGGUGUGGUGGUGGGCCACCUGCAGACGGCCUUACCUCAAGCCUCGUCGGCUCUGGAGCAGGUUCUCCUCUCGCUGGUGGAGAGCAAGGAUCUGGGUGCAGGGCUGCCGCAGGGUCAGGUGUGUCACGACGAACAGAGGCUGGAAGUGAUCUUCAGCGACCUCGCGCGUCACCGAGACGAUUCUCAGCAGCGCAGCUGGGCGCUUCAUGAAGACCACGCUCUCAUCGCCUGCUACCUGGAAGAGCUGCUGAAGAUACUGACUGAUGCAGAUCCAGAGGUGUGUAAGAGAUUGUGCAAGGCCAACGACUAUGAGAACGUGCAGUCUCUGGUUUCAUAUUAUCAGAUGGAGCAUCGUGUGUCUCUGCGCCUGCUGCUGCUCAAAGUGUUCGGAGCUAUGUGCAGCCUGGACGCCGCUCUCAUCUCCAACCUCCUCAACUCCAUCCUCCCCAUGGAGCUGGCCCGGGACCUUCAGACUGACACACAGGAACACCAGAAGAUGUGUUACACAGCUUUGGUUCUCACCAUGAUCUUCUCAAUGGGCGAACAGGUGCCAUAUCAUCACUAUGAACAUUUGAAUGCUGACUUUGUUGAGUUUCUGCUGGGUGUGGUGGAGGACGGACUUCCAUCUGAUCCCACUGAGCAGCUGCCCGACAUCUUCCUGAACCUCGUGCUGUCCUUCAACCUGCACCACACAGCUCCCAGCAACAAUGUGAUCAUGCAGGAACUGAAGAAGAAAAAUGUCAAAAUCCUGUCAGAGAAAGUGCUGCUGCUUCUGAACAGAGGCGAUGAUCCUGUGUGUAUGUUCAAACACACCCCGCCCGCUCCACACGCGGUGCUCAAGUUCCUGCAGGAUGUUUUCGCCAACCGAGAGACGGCGGACAUCUUCUACCGCACUGACAUGAUGGUGAUGAUUGACAUCGCGGUUCGACAAAUAUCUGACCUUUCACCUGGAGACAAGCUGCGGAUGGAGUAUCUCUCCCUCAUGCACUCCAUAAUGCGCUCAACGGACUACCUUGAGCACCAGCACCGCCUGUCCGACCUGCAGGGGGCGCUGCAGAGGAUUCUCAGGGAGGAGGAAGACCCGGGGGAGGACGAAGGGAGCGCUACAGCGAAACAGAUGGAUAAGCUAAUCGUACAGCAGAUCUACAAAGAGUUCCCACAGAUCAGUGAGAACCAGGACUAACCAUAUCAGUAUCACGCUCGCACACUGUAGUCUGCUCCUGUCUACUGCAGGGAGGUACAAUAAGAAGAAGAACUGACAUAUUCUGUGCCAGCCUGUAAAGAGAGAAGCUAAUCGGCCUUGCCAAUGUUUUCUUGGACUCGCAGUCCGGGGCUGCAGCAUGAACAUGAUGUUGUUUUUCUCUUUUCACAUGAACUUCAGUUGAAAAAAGAGUUGGAGGUUUUUCAAGAAGGGAAACAUGUGACAAAUGUAAAAAGAACCUGUGAGGUUUAGUCACAUAUGGAGUUUAAAAAUAGCCACACUAUAGGCCAAACCAUGGAGCUGUUGCACAGUGAAUCCUGAGCAAUAAUUACCUUAAAAGUCACACGUAAAAUAACUGUAAUUAAUGUACUCUUAGUAUUUUGAAUAUUAAAUGGUUUUACACAUUCAAGUGUGUUUACAGGUCUACUGCACAAGUGAAAAAAGUAAUAGAAGCCUUUUGUGGCUCCAGAGGAAGCUGUAUGUAAUCUGAUUAAUUGCCUCGAAAGAUGUCAGUCAGUGGCUAAGUUGCAUUGUGGGUCAUGUAGGCACCAGAUUUAGAAAAGAAGUUGACUGGUCUGCAUCACACACUGUUGGACUCGUUAUGGACAGUUGGUUUAACUAAUUUAACAAUUGUUAUUUCACUGCUUCCAUUUUUUAUAACUCUGUGCCUACAUUACCCAUGAUGCAAUUUAGCUGCUGAGUGACACAAAUGGAGGCAGUUAAUCAGAUUACAUGCGCAAAUGCCUUUACACAAUUUCCACAUAUUCAGUUGUUCUCACUGAGACCUGCAAACACACUUUAAUGUUAAAAAAAAAAAAAACACGACUGAACUUUAUUCUGACCAAAAGAACUUCAGCCAAAUUGAUUUUUAAAACAAAUUCAAAGAUUAUUUUCAUGAAGAAGGGCAGAUGUAAGUGAUGUUACAGAUACAGUGCCAUUACAAACCUUUAUGUGCUUCCCUGUUAGUGGGACCAAACUACUGUGUGUUAUUGAGGUCAUCGUUUUCUUUAUAGAGGAUACAGCUCUUAAAACUGACUUCCUCUCUCAUUCACUUCUUCAAUCAUUAUGAUUCAAAUUAAAGCUGAACGAGUUUAGUAUUCUAGUGAAAAAAAAGCACACUCAUGCGACCCCUGUGUUAUCAUUACACAGCUUCUGGCUGAGUAACUCUUGCUGCUACAUACCGAGACCCUCCCAUGGCUCCGUCUGCAGUAUUCUCAGUCUGGUACUGUUUGUGUCUUUCAGCCCUACAAACACUUCAAAUGAUCACUCUGUACUUACAUAUGCAAAGCUUCUCAAGCGUCAGGAGUCACUGGCUGUUGAAGGUCAGAAGGAUUUCUGUCCGUAUGCUGCGUUCAUAUUCAAACUAACCGUGCUGCAAUAAGGCUUUCUAGCAACUUGUAAUAUCGUUGUAAUAUACAGAGUCUUGGCCGAUCGUGGAGGAUAAACAUGUUCUGCACUUAUUAUCUGAGCUCAUACAUUAGUCAGUGUUGUUGGUUUCCAGUUAUUACCUGAUGCUUCUGCUAAAACCCAAGACAGCGGAGAGGAAUAACAGGGCAUUUUCUUUUAUCUCCUCGUGGUUUUAAUACUUUAACAGUGACACUUAACCUUUUCCUUGUUUCUUCCCAAUGAUGUCGUGAUUGAUGUUCUCCAAUUUACUGAUCUGUUUUUUGUCCCUGGCAUGGCUUCCCCGACUGGAAACUUGAUUCUGAGAAGUGAUAUCAGUUUUUAAAUUAAUGUCUGACUGUUCAUUCAUUGAUUAUUUGUGUGUCUGUUUACAGUGUGUGUGAGAGAGGUGAGAGUCUCGUCUUUCCAUGGAUUAACAUUGUCUGCAGAAGUGCUACGACUGUGUUAUAAUAAGACUAAUAAAGCUAUAUUUUAACAGUGGAA